UUACGUCAUUCUGACGCCAGGGGUGGCGACGUGGAGAACAUGGAGGACACGAGUGUGUAGAGUAAACUCAGCUCGGAAUCAAACCCUAAUUUUUAAAUUGGCAUUUAACAUUUUUCGCCGAUAAAACUGACAUUGAGUGGGACGGUAACAAAGCAUCACCACUGAACGGACGUGGGGGGCAGUGGACUGACCGCGCAGAAAUAAACACAGGAAAUUCUAAUUUGACAGACUUGAAGCUGACCAAAUCUUUUUACUCCAAGAUUUGGCUUAUGCCCGGCGAAUAACAUCUGACGAGGGACAAGUCUGGCUGGACAGAGUCGGCAAAGAUGGGAGCCAACACCAGUCAGGUCAGCGACCUGUCCAAUAACCACAACCUCAAGGCCCUGGUAGGACCUGAGUCCAUAUCUGAGAAUGAUCCCUUCUGGAACCAGCUCAUCUCCUUCACAUUCAUCAGUCCCACUAGCAGUGGAGAGUCCAAGUUGUUAGAAGAGGCUGUCAUUCCUCUGGCCAAAACCCUGAUUGAAAACAAUCCCAGAUCAGGAAACUUUAGUGCUCUUGUCAGAAUUUUCCUCGGAAGAACCAAAGAACUCAAAAUCUCCACAGAAUGCCAAGACCAGCUGUUCAUCUGGCAGGCCCACAAUGCACUUCUCAUGAUUCGAUGCCUUCUGAAAGUGUUCACCAGGGAGAUGAGUGAAGAAGAGCUGCACCAGCAGUUCUCCUACCAGGAGAGGGCAGCAGUUUCCUGUGCAGAAACGAGCAACGAGGACCUGCUUGAAGAGCUGUUGUCAAACCUCAUCCACCUAAUUGUGGAGGUUCCUCUGCUAGACAUCACCUACAGCAUCCUGUUUGAAGCGGUGACCACAUUACUGGUUCUCCUGUCCUAUCAGCUCUUCCAUAAGGACAUCCUCCACGAUGGAAUCAUCUUCCAGCACCUUAUGAAGGGGCGAUGUUUGUGUUUGACCAGCCGUCUGGUGAAGACCCUGCUGUACAAUUUCAUCAGGCAAGAGAAGUGCCCUCCUCCUGCAACCCACAUCUUUGAGCCAAAGGCUGAAGGUGGCCUGCUUUAUGGUCUGGCAUCUGGCGUGGCGAGUGGUCUGUGGAGUGUCUUUACGUUGGGUGGGGCUGGCAGCAAAGCUGAAAAUGACCAAGAACACAACCCCUUACCUUUAUCCAAUCAGAGCCUUCUGCUGCUACUGGUUUUAGCCAAUCUGCCUGACGGGCCCGACUGGCCCAACCCCUACCGUCAGUCAAUUACUUGCUUCAGAAACACCCAAGACACGUCGUCACCGCCUGCGGAGCACCCUCACACCUUCCAGAUCAAUUUCAACAGCCUGUACACAGCUCUGUGCGAGCAGCAGCGCUCUGACCAAGCCACCCUGCUGCUGUACACCCUGCUUCACCAGAACACCAACGUGAGGACGUACAUCCUGUCAAGAACCGACAUGGACAAUCUGGUCCUCCCCAUCCUUGAUAUUCUUUACCAUGUAGAGGAGAGAAAUUCACAUCAUGUCUACAUGGCCCUCAUUAUUCUCCUCAUCCUCACAGAGGACGACGCCUUCAAUCGUUCCAUCCAUGAGGUGGUAUUGAAGAAUAUUUCAUGGUACACGGAGAGGUCGUUAACGGAGAUCUCCCUCGGCAGUUUGCUAAUCCUCGUGGUUAUUCGCACCAUCCAGUUCAACAUGACGCGGACCAGGGAUAAGUACCUUCACACCAACUGUCUCGCUGCACUUGCUAAUAUGUCAGCCCAGUUUAGAUGUCUGCAUCAGUAUGCCGCCCAGCGCAUCAUCAGUUUAUUUGCUUUGCUUUCCAAAAAGCACAACAAGGUUUUGGAGCAAGCAACACAGUCUCUGAGAGGCAGACAAGGAGACAGCACAGCCUUACCGGACUAUGCACAGGAUCUGAGUGUGAUUGAGGAGGUGAUCCGCAUGAUGCUGGAAAUCAUUAACUCUUGUCUGUGCAACUCUCUGCACCACAACCCCAACCUGGUGUACGCCCUGCUCUACAAGAGGGAGCUCUUUGAGCAGUUCAGGAUGCACCCGUCCUUCCAGGACAUCAUGCAGAACCUCGACACGGUCAUUGGCUUCUUCAGUCAGCGUCUGGAGCAGGCUGGAAGUGACCUGUCGGUGGAGAGAGUUCAGGAGGUCAUCAUGAAAGGAGUUCAGGCCCUGCCUAAAGACAGACUAAAGAAAUUUCCCGAACUCAAGUUUAAGUACGUGGAAGAAGACCAGCCGGAGGACUUCUUCGUCCCUUAUGUCUGGUCCCUCGUCUUCAACUCUGGCGUCGGCCUGUACUGGAUCCCGACUGGCAUCGAACUGUUCAGCAUGGACUCCGGCUGAAAAACUUCAUCCUGGUUUCCAUUCAGAACCGGGAAAUUACGGAUAUGUGUGUAGUGGAGGGGGGCUUUCUUUUUUUUUUUUUGGCGUGUGUGGGUGAGCAUUUCCUUUUGAAAGUGCCUCGACCUUGUACUGGACAGUGUUCCUUUUUAUGGAGCACAACCUCUUUCCCCCCAUGUAUCAGAAUAAAUCCUCUGCUUCCACACUGUGAAGUUUCAUCCGUACAGAUUAGCAGUUCCCCCAUUUGCUUCCUUUCAAUCCUGUAGUAAUGCGAGGUUUACCACAAACUUUUGCCAUUGGGAUGGGUUCAGCACACCGACGGCGGUGAGAAAUAAAGAUAUUUCUCCCUACGAUUAUAAAAAUAAAGGUCAAAAUUAAUUAAUUCAUAUACUCACUGCUGCAGCUGUAUGCAACUUAGAUAUAUGGAGUGUAAAAUAUUUUUUGAGAUUAAGGUCAAAGCAGGGCACCAAAGGAAAGCUGUUUGUAAAAAUGAAAUAGGCAGGAGUUUCACUAUAACUCUUUAUAUUAGGCCCAUUUUUAACACAUUUAAAACACAAUAACAAUUUCUGAAUAAAAUUAGCCGCCUGAAUCAUACGGAUUUAUUUCCUUUAAUGUGCUUUUUUACUUUUUAUUUUGACUGCAGCUAAUCUUUGUUGUUAGCAUUCGGAAUGGAAGCUAGGGCGAGACUUUAAACUGGGACUGAAAGAAAAUCCGACUUUGUGUGUGUAAUUACAGCUGCCACAUUCAUUUGUCAUUUUAUUUGCAUGUUAAACUAGAGACUUAAGUUAUUUAUUUUCAUGUUUAUUUUGUAUCUAUUCAUAUAUGGUGGGAGUGUUAAAACAAUUGCUUACGGAUUAUGAACCAGUAUCAUUUCCAGAUGGGAAACUUUUUAUUAUUUUUUAAUAAACAUGUCAUUUUGGGGUAAAGUUUUCUUUGGAAAUAGAAGUUUAAAUAAAAGUAUAAAACCAAA